GCCAGCUAGGCUCUGUUCUCCCGCCUGUCUGGGCCGGGCACCUCCGCAGCUUCUCCUGCCCUGGGGGAGCGGUGGGCAGGCGGGGGCACUGCUCUGUCGCGGUGCCGGAGCCGCCGGCGCCCAGGGAACCGGUGGCGGGUCUCUGGGAGGGGGCUCGGCACGGCACGGCCCUGCCGGCGAUAUGCGGCCUCCUGCUGGGCCCGAGCCCCUUCCCGGGCAGGUCGCUGCUACAGCAUGGCCGGGGGAAGGUUUACCUUCCCGCCCACAGCUGCUUUCCCCAGUGAAUGGGCAUGGUUUGCCUUCCAGGCAUGACUCUUUAUCCUAUAAAGUCACAUGUGCCAGAAGGGAGCUUAAAGGGGUUCUGGUCACAGGUCUUUUAAACUUGCCUUUGCUUCUUUCUCUGUCAGGUGGCUUUAAAAAGGAUCGGUUGCAGCCAGCACAGCCUAGCCUAAGACGUGAGGUGAAUGGUCAUGAUGAGGACGGAAAUGAGCUACAGACGACACCAGAGUUCAGAGCACAUGUUGCGAAGAAACUGGGAGCAAUGCUAGACAGUUUCAUCACUGUCUCCAAGGGCUCAUCAGAACCUUCACAAGCUUCUGUGGAACAGUCUGACUCUGCAGAUGAUGGUUUUCGCCUCUUCUCUUCCUCUGUCCCAGGAGACACUGGGAAAUCAGAGCCUUGUGCUGCAGCAAGGAGGAGACAGCCAUCUAGCUCCAGUGCUGGGGUACUAGAAAUGUUUGUGGUAGAUGCCUUUUCCCCUCCUACUAUGCGUAAAGAACACAGUGGCCUUCAAACUGGUUAAAUGCUAACUUGACAUGGACAGUGACCAAGAGUGGCAAAGGUACCAGGAGGCUGCUGUGUCAGCUGCAGACAUUCUGAAGCAAAGUGCUUUUCCUGCACUGUCCCAGGAUUCCAGCCAGGAUCAGUGUCAGGGCUGUGUAGAGCAC